AUGACAGAUGAACAACAUCUCAUCUUACCAACGUCCAUUGGGAUCUUGCUAUCAGUCCCCUCCUCCAUUUCGCAUAUUCCAUAUGGCAAAAUGCAUCUGAUUAAUGGAGCCCUUUUGGCAUCAAUUCCAAUAGUUCUGGCGAGUCAGACUGUGUUCAGUGUGCACGAUGAUAUUCUUGCUUUCCCACAAUAUGAAGUUAUCUUUUCUGAUUCCUUCAUCUCAGAUGCAGCUGCAAACCACAUAAUCGAGCAAGCUUCCUCGUCAAUCCAGGAGCCUCCUCCAAGCUCGAAUACAAAGAGCAUCGAGCCCAGCGGUGCCCCCCAUACGCACCAUGAUAAACCGUUCGACCCCACCUACGAAAGUUACGAAUUAAUGUACUUGAAUGGGGAACAACAUCUUUGCACGAUUCCCAUUGUUAAAUCACCGCCCAGGAACGAAACUUCGGAAGCGGAAGCCCGCGCGGCCGAGCAAAAAGAGUUGGCGCGCGCCACAGACCGAGGUUGGGAACUCCUCCAAGAGCUGGAGGGAAAUUGUCUCUAUUAUAUUUCGGGAUGGUGGUCAUAUGCCUUUUGCUACAAUGCAGAUAUAACGCAAUUCCACCAGCUUCCACCUCAGCCGGGUAAACCGCCAGUGCCACCACUCAGAGACCCAAAUACCAUGGAAUUUGUGCUUGGUAGAGCUAGGGGAGGUGGCAUGAAAGCAGCUGAAUGGGAAAACCAGUUAGACCCUCCAAAGGGUCAAAAGAACCAGCCGCCGAACACAGAGUUACAGGUCAAGGGCGACACGCGAUAUUUGGUACAGAAGAUGGAAGGGGGCACGACAUGCGAUCUGACUGGUAAGCCAAGAAGAGUCGAGGUCCAAUUCCACUGCAACCCACACGUCACGGAUCGGAUUGGCUAUAUCAAGGAGGUAACAACAUGCUCUUACCUUAUGGUUGUUUACACACCACGUCUGUGUAACGAUGUGGCAUUCAUGCCACCGAAAGACAACAAAGCACACCCUAUCACGUGUCGGGUCAUAGUUCCAGAAGAUGAGAUUGAUUACCGGUUGCAAUUAAAGACACUAGAAGCUGAGCUUGAGACUGCUGGGCAGAAGAAAGAGACGAAAAUCAACGUCGGCGGAGUCGUUGUCGGAGGUGGCCAAUGGAUGAAUAAUGAAGGCGCCCGUAUGCCAAUACCCCCGAAUUUUGGGAAGGAGCCCCUUGGUAGCCACACUGAGAUUAUUGCCAGGGCGAAGAGCAAGGCCGAGGGCGGACAGGUUGAGAUGGCAAGUGAUGCAGAAUUAGCAAAGCUGGAUUUGGAGCCGGAGAUGGUGGACCAGCUACGAAAGGAAGUGCAGAAGAUGGCGAAGGAAAAAGGUUGGAAGAUCGAAGUUGUCGAUGCCCCUGGAGAGGUUAGGGAAAUUUUGGGAAUCGUGGAUAAUGACGAAAAAGAUGACGACACUACGCCUGAAGCUGUAGAGACCAAGGCCGAGGGCGAUGAGGGCAGCGAAGAGGUCUAUAAGGAUGAGCUAUAG